AGGACUUAUCCAAGUGGCUGCACAUCACAUUCACUUGGUAUAUAUGUAUUGAUAAAUUGGAAUAUAACAGAGGUAAUUAUGUAUAUAGUUAAUGAAGCUGUGCCUACACUCAUAUUCUACAGCAGAUAUUUUACAUAUAUUAUAUACUAGUAUACAUUAAUAGUAUACAUUAAGAAGGAUUAGAAGCAGUGACUGUUAACCUUGUAUAUCUAUGGUACAACAUCUACAGAAAUAUACAUUAUAACAUAUACUUAUUGGAUUACAUAAUUCAACAAUGGCAGAAUCGUUAGACUUCAGAUCAUGGUGUCAAACACAGGGCCUAACUGAGAACACAAUACACAUGUUGCUGAAUCACGGUUUUAAAAAUCAAGAAACGUUAAGACUUGUAACACAACCUAUCAUUGAUACUGAGUUAAAGACGGAGAACCUUGGUCAGCGCUUACUGCUGAAUGAGGCAAUUCAUAAACUAUGGAUGACAUCAACAAGUGGAAGUGGUGGUCUGAUCCAACAUGGCAGUGUUAUUCCUGGGCCUGCUUCAUAUAUAGCCCCUCCAGCCUAUGACAGACUCACUCAUGGAAAUCAGCCUCCAGGAACUGGUGAAUUGUUUCCAUUAGAAACAUUGUAUCCAUCAAAUACAAGACUUACUCCCCUACAGGGUGUACAUCCUCCACCGAAUAGCAUGACUUUUCCACCUGUACAAUCAAUCUCUACACCAGAACUACCAAUUGGUUCAUCGACACAACCAGGACUACCUGCUACCUCAAAAGCACGAUCAACUGCUAAACAUGCCUCAGUUAAAAAAAUACAUGUAAUUCCUGCACCUAAGAAUGCUGCCAAAGUGCUACAUGUUACAUCUAUAGAGGAUAAGAUUGUUGUAGCCACAGAACAACACCCAGAGAAACACUCAAAAGCAAAUAAAACAAAACAUGUAAGUGAAAUGGCAAUUUCUGCACCCACACAUGGUGCAGAAUUUGUGCACACUCAUACAUCAAUAGAUGACAGAAUUGCUGUAGCCACGGAACAUCAUCUAGAAAAACACUCCAAAACAAAAAUGCAAAAUGCACCUGAGUCGAUCCCUGCAUCCAGGCAUGGUGCAGAAUUUGUGCAUACUCAUACAUCAAUAGAUGAUAAAAUAGCUGUAGCCACAGAACAUCAUCUAGAAAAACACUCAAAAACAAAAACGCAUCAAGCAUCUGAGGUGAUCCCUCCAGCCACACAUGGUGCAGAAUUUGUACAUACUCAUACAACCAUAGAUGAUAAGAUCGUAGUAGCCACAGAACACCAUCCACAAGAACAUUCAAACACAGCACAAACAGCUAAAGACCCCAUCCCUGCACCCACGCAUGGUGCUGAAUUUGUCCACACUCAUACAACCAUAGAUGAUAGAAUUGCUGUAGCAACAGAACAACAACAACCACCAAAACAACCAAAGAAGAAAACACCAUUUUCCUACGCUAACCCAUAUGGCAAAGCAAUGAUCGAUUUAACUGGGUUAGCAUUUUGGUUUUGUUUCCCUUUGCUAGGAAUAAGUAUUGCAUCCCCUUUUCUGAAAACUUCAACAUGGAAGUAUUUUACCGGAUUAUGGGUCUUUAUUAUUAUCUCAUUGGCUGUUUGGUAUGGGGACAAAAUGAAGCAACUACCAGCUGAAAAUAAUGUUGUUCAGACAUUCUUUAAGGUUAUGAGCGUACUACUUUUCCUGGCACUCGUAGCUUGUUUAGCUACAAUGGCAGUAUCAGCGUAUGGAAUGUACAUUGACAGGGAAAUACAUGUUAAUGGAACAUCAUGUGAUGAUGAACUUCUUAAGACAUUAGAGUUAAAAUGCGAUAAUGUGACAGCUAAUGCAUCAUUUGAAGAGAAUGUGACGAGUAAAACACCAACUGAACAUAAUAUAACAAGUAAUGCAACAUAUACAGGACCCAAUUUCAUAGGAUGGAAUGAACGCCAAGCCUUACAUACUGCUAACAUAGUACUAGCUUAUGUUGUAUUUGUUAUAGUUGUGUGGGCACUAUAUGCUAGACAUGAUUUAAUCGAGGGUUUGCCACAAGCCACUUUCAAAGAUGAAACGGAGAAAGGAUUCAUUAACACAAGUUUCAUGUUUAAACUUACGCCCAUAACCUUCCCAUUGUUGUCUGUACUUGAAGCAAUAUUCAAAACAACAAUGUGGCAACUUUUUCUCCCAGAAAUAUCUGGUUGUGCCCUUCUCAUAUCUGGAUUCCACGCACAUCGUUUACAUUUUCUACCACAGGGUGAACAGAAAAAGAAGCGAUACAAGGUUCAACUUAUAUUGUUAAUCAUUUCCAUGGUUGUUGUCCUUACAAUGGUUGGUGUUCAUGGAACUGGUAUUGGUCUGGAUGAAGAGAUACAUGAAUAUGGAGUCUCCUGUGAUGAGAUCUACAUACAAUACUUUAAUUAUACUUGUGAAUUUGAAAAUACUGCAGAUGAGACUGAAUAUACAACACAUGCUUAUCUUAAAACAGAAGAUCUGAAUUACAAACAGGGAAUCCACGUGGGUAUUGUAGCAUUAGGAGUGUUUCAUGUGUUCUUUCUUUUCAUAGCAAUUAAGUCAGGGAAUGCCUUUAUGACACAACAUGGUCUGAAAUGCUGCUAGAAUAUAAGAAAUAUGACAGAAAAAGGGGAGGUUCUGUGACACAAAAUGCUUGUUAACUUAGUUUAACAGAGACUGUAAGCUGUAAUCAAAAGUGUGCAGUAUCUAAACUAUUAUCUAAUGUCAAAGUUUAGAUAAGUACCUGGUCUAGAUCUCUUUAAAUUAUAAUACAUAAAAACUAUGAAAUUGUAACCCACUGGAAAAUUGUUCAGAUAGGGUAAUAAAAAUGUGC